CUGACUGGAGGCCUGAACGCUACACAGUAGAAUCAGUCAUCACAGAGCUCGCGCGCUGGUCUGGGGAAGUGACUUUGAGCUUGUUGUGUCUCCUCGGCCCCACGCUGCGCUGCUUUCCAUACGGGGCGGGGUGCCGCGCAGUCCGGCGCACAGAGCAGAGCGCACCGUCACCAGCUGCUCUCCCUGCACCGUCUGACUGAACAACAUGGGUCUGGAAAAGGAGAAACUGGACACCAGCAUCAUUAUGGACGAAGACGAGUUCAACAGAUCGAUAGAACCGAUCCUGUCGAAGAAGGGGAAAGUUUACACGGCGGAGCCGGACCGAGAUCCAAACGAUAUCAACGCGCAUUUGAAGGUCGGCUUUGAAGAUGUAAUCGCAGAGCCCAUCUCCUCUCACAGCUUCGACAGAGUGUGGAUAGGAAGCCACGCCGCCUUCGAGCUGGUCAAAUUCAUCUUCUACCGGCUGCUGAGCACGCUGCUGGCCAUUCCCAUGGCGUUCAUCCUCGGCGUGGUGUUCGGGGUGCUCAGCUGCAUCCACAUCUGGUUGGUGAUGCCGGUGAUCCAGUGCUUCUUGAUGCUCUUACCUUCAGUCCAGGUGGUAUGGAGGAGUCUGACAGACAUGUUUAUAACACCGCUAUUCCACAGUAUGGGAAAAAUCCUGUCCUCCGUUCAAGUGAAGACCAUUGAGAACUGAUAGGGACAUGUCUCUGUCCUCAUGGAGGAGGAAAUGUAGGACGGGUUAAAGCUGAGACAUGGAUUUGUUAAUUUGUGGGGAAAAAGUGAAGGAUUUGUAGAUAAUUCUGUUGUAGAUCACAUAUUUCAUUGCUGAUGAAGCAUAGCUGUUAAAUCUCACCCCUUUAUUGAAAUUUACCCCAUUUUUGCUCUGAUGUCUUAACACCUUUCCCCUGCAGAUUAACAUCCAUGCAAUCCAUGCAUGCAGGCCUUUGUUACUAAAAUCGCUCUAGAGGUCAUUAUUGCCUUGUGGACAACUCGAAUAUAUUUCCCAAAAAGGAGUUGUUUUUCCGAUUGUGACCAAAAUGAAUUCUUGUCAUUCCAAUACUUUGGCUAAGAGAAUUAGAAUCGAGGCACACAAACUGCUGACACGCUAAGAGAUGUAAUAUUUCUGCUUUUUUUAAUAUACUGUAUAUAUUGCUUAAACUUCAGCUACAAGUUGAAUGUAAUGACUGAAUCAGAGUGGAGAAUUCUGCAGUAUGACUUUAAAAUACUAAGAUGCAGCUUGUUGUACAUUUUCAAGCUUAUUUACUGUAACUGCUGUGUUGAUUUCACAGUGCAUUGGCAAUAAUAUUGGGCAUUUGCUUUUAUAUGGAUAUAUUGAACUGUUUUGAUGUUAUUGAACUAAAGUGCAUUGAAUUUUAUCAGAGGGUUGGCUUUCUAAUUAUUUUGUAGCAACCAACACUUGAUUUGAGAUCAGACAUUUGUCAGUUUCUGACAUUAUUGGCAUGAGCGUAGCACAUUUUAGUACUGUAUUGGUUGACGCUUUGACUGAGCUGAAACUCUGGUACAUGUAAAUUUAAUAUAGAGAUGCUUUUGUCUGCUACAUCACUGCUAUGAAGUCUGUUGGGUUUUGAAGACUUCUGAAGCCAAAACGACAUGAUUUUACCUUUAUUUGCGGUGGAUUUUACAAAGUUGAGUUAAGGUACAAUUCUGCUGAGGCUUAAAUUUUAUUCUGCUUGUGCAAGUUUUAAAAAGUGAAAACCAGCCUUGAAUAAUCAGAUACAUGAACUGUGUUUGCAUGCAGUUGUCUAUUUUAACAUGCGGCUGGCACAAGUAUCAUUAGCUGUCAUAUGUUACUGCCAUUUUUUUACUGCAGAGAAAAUGUUUAGCUACUUGGCGACUACAUUUACCACUAUCAUUAGCAGCUACUUGCUAGCUUUAGUUUUCUGAGAAUAGCUGCUUGGUUUUAAACAGGGUUUAUGGUAUUUUGGAACUGUAUAUGGCUAAAGUGAAGUUAAGCAAACACCAUGGAUCAAAACCAGCUAAAGAUAUGAAGCGAUAUUUCAACCUAGGGUACGGUUUAGCCAUUAAUUAGAUAGAACAGUAGAGAGAGCAGGAAAUCGGGGAGAAAAAGUUUGGGAAUGACAUGCAGGAAAGGAGUCACAGGCUAGAUUUGAACCUUGGAAGACUUAAUUCAGGUAUACACUGUGCAAUUUGAAGCUGACACUAUGACAGUCAUGGCCAAAUGUUGGUUCAUAAUGUGCAACUCAAUCGCCUUCGAUGAAUGAGCAUCCUGCACAAUUUAUGUGUUUACACAACACAGUCCAAUGGUCAUGCACGAACUGAGUGCUCACGUGAGUUUGGGAAAGACUGACAAAAAUCUGUGGUGUUUCCUUCAAAAAAGCCUCACAGACUGAGGUUAAAGUCAUAUCCAGUCAUAUCCUCUAUCUUUCCUCACAAACGGCAACGCCAUCUGUGUCAGCCAGAGUUCCACAGGUGUGAAUAUUUCCUGCUCUUUAUUAUAGCAGCAUUGGGGGGCAUUAGAAAGUCAUUCCCGCUGUUGUCAUAAUGAUUUAAGAUAAUGUCUGGCAGUUUACAAUGAAAAAAAUUCCCCAUAGUUGAGGAUUCCGCCUGUGGCUUUGCUCUCGCUGUGGAAGUGUCUUAAGUUGUAUGACCAAAAUAUCAAAUAUGUCAGAAAUCCAUCCCACCAGCUACCAGCAGCUUGUCAGGCUGUAGUCGGGUCAUGGUCAGCUGGUCUACUGCAUGCCAAACAACACAUGAUCCAACUGAAGGUCAGUGCGACCUCCAAGUGAGUCGCGCAACACAAAAUUUGUGGCUGUAUCUGAUGAAAUUGCACAGUGUGCACCCGGCUUUAAGCCUCAGUAUAUGGAAUGUAUCCCAACAGCUUGUUCAUCUUUGCCUCCAGUUUAGUCUGUUUCAACUGGCAGAAGUUUUAUUCAAGCAGCUCAGAAGACUUCAAAAGGCAGUUGAUGUAAUUAAUAGAGCCAUGAAGUCCACCAGGAAGGUGUACAGAUAGUCAAAUUUCCAGAAUUUGGAUUGUUCAUAUAGUCCAAGACCAAGGGCCCUAUCACAUACCAGUUGAAAGUGUUUUGCAGCUGCUUUUCCUAUUCUAAUUUUUUCACUGUACGCUCAUGUUGUUUAAUCAGAAAAUGACUUUACACAAAUUUGGUGCCCAUGGGUGUGUUUGUCUUGAAACGAGGAGAGGACAGGCGCAAAGCUGGCAUGUUAAUUCUGAGAUCAGAGCUGACAUAAUAUUAAUAUCAAUAAUCAAUAGUGAAAAUCAGAUCAGCUCAGACUGAUGACGAUGGUCGGAACACACCAUAUGCUCUUUGUUUCAGCAGCAUUUUCUUCUUUAGCAGCAUUUAUAUAUAGACUCCAGUGUAUUGGUUCAUUUUAUGGACAUGUGAAGUGGUGAUUUUUAGGCAACUGCAUUCUUAAAUGUGGUCAUGACAGCAGCAUGACAACAGAAUGAGUCCUUGAGUGACCUUUUUUUGUCAUGUCAAAAUAUAUGAAUCCGACAUGUAUUAAAUGAACAAUGAAACUAAUACAAACACUAGCUAAAAGUCACCAGUUUGCACAGUCACUGGUUGAACUGAAACACCUAUUUUAUUUCCAUUAUUUUACAGGUAUAAACACUGACUCUUGAAACAGAAUUUGUCUGCCCUAGACAUGCAUGAUUGUCUCUCUGCAGUGGCAUUAACACAUCACAAAGAUGUGGACAGUACUUUCAGCCAUUGACGUCUCAGCUGUUCUGUUGACUAUCCCACCUCCUUCACCUCCACCUUGCCUCUACCAAUACUGUAUAUUGCCUGCAUGUUGUGUGGAUUUUUGAAGACAUGCCCAGACAACUCUUCAAAGUGAGGUUGGGGAUGCAUGGCAGUCAUGGUGCGUCCACGGCAGUUCUAUCUCCAGCUUAAGGAAAUGAGCACUGAUGCUUGGAUUGGUUUGAUUUAUGCCACUCCCUAAACAUACCCAUGUGUAAGCAAACAGCUUAACCUAACCUCUCUGUGCUCUGCACCUAGAUUAAAGUCUGGACUGUGUGCCUUAAAGAUAGCAAAAUGUAGAUGCUCCAAAUCCUUGCACACCAGGUGGCAUGUCUAAAUACAAAUUAAUACUCAUACAAAACAUCAUUAAAGUACAGUAUUCUUUGUUUUAGUAUGACCAUCUAUAACAAGAAGGCAAAUCUAGUGCCUGAACUUAACCAAGAUUGGACUGUAUUUGUCAGAUUUAGGCACAAAAAAUGUAACAGAUUUGUUGAGGAAAAGAAUAUAGUUUGGGCUGCAAUAAUACAUGUGUUGGUUUGUUCUUAAAAGGCUAGAGAGUCAUUAAAGUAGUCCACACUGCAUGUUUGGAGAUUGCCUUGCUGUUUGCAAGUACAUGCAUACAAUGCAAACAAGGUGUUGACAAAUUGCAUUGCAUAAAACAGCAGCAACAUAAAGUAGUAGUAUUAGAAAGUAAAGGUGAAUUAACUUUGCAGUAAAAUACAGUAUAGCUUAGUAACAGACGGUAUUUCAAAGCUGUAUUAAUAAUACCGUCACAGUUUUAUCAUGGCUUAUUUUCUAACAAAUGUAUCAUUUUACUCAGAAUGACAAUGACACGGCAAAGAUACUGCAUGACUGGAUGUUAUGUGUUCCAGCUGACAGCUGACGGCCAGUUCUGCCAAAGCUUAAACCCUUUUACUGAUGUUUUACCAUUUACAAGCUGACAGCCAGCAUGCUUGUGCUUUAACUGUCAGGGGAAAUUCAAGGUAGGAUUGUGCAAUAGUGGAGGACACAGGUGCGUGGCGAUAGCUUUCUCCCCCCUACAGCAAUGACAUGUAGCACUAAUAAACCUCAGCUCAGCCGCCGUUUUCUUCACAAAUCAUAAAUCUUUUCAGACAAAUCAUCCCUAAUCCCAGUUGCAUCUCAUAGUAAAUAUUCUUUUGUUGCUUAUUGUUGAUAUUCUCAUUUUGGAACUUUUGUUUUAGCAAGCCAAAUGUGCUCUUCAUGACCAAAAUAAAGAGAUUUUUCCUGAAGGUAA